AUGAGUACGCAAUUACCAUUGCAAUUCACGUUCGACUCUGACACAGUCAUUGAGAUCGACCCAUCAUUAAUUGCUAAGUUAGCGAGAUGUCGACAAGAGGGACCUCUUACUCGUUCUGCAGCUCACGAGGAUUCACGUCAGGAUGGAGGUGCGUCGAAAAAGGUGGAGGGACCUAAAAUGCCGUCACGUUGUUGGCUUUGUAAAGCAAGUCGUCUCCGUGUUGUGAAUGUUGGAAACACUGGUCGUCGAAUUCUGGAAUGUGCAAAUCGGAAUUGCCUAGCAACUAUUGAAUAUACAGACCUCCCUCAAGGAACUAUAAUAGAACAAGAGAAAGCAACGAAGAGAAACUAUGGAUGGUAUUUGCGAGAUACAUCAGAAAUGGUAUAUCCCACUAAAGAGCGAUUAGAAGCAUUCCCGAAUCCGCCGUUUGAAUACGUGCCAGAAGUGUUGUACGACUCAGAUGGACGUGUUGUCGUUCGUUGUCCAGGCCAGCGAAAACUUGUGUUGUUACAGUAA